AUGAAUCCCUCUCUGCUCGAGUCAUUCUCAUUGAGUGAUCCUGUAACUUCGGAGGGUGACUAUAUCAGUUCCCAUGUGACAGGGUUUGCGGACGAAGACGACAACGGCCAGCGAGUCGGAGGCCUCGCCUCCAUGCCUGACACCAACGGCGUGAGGUACCACGCACAGCAGCCUGCGAUGCAGGAUUUACAAUAUACCGGAUCAAGCGCUCUUGCAAUGACCCCACCAGACUCCUGUCCUGACUCCUUUUCGCCCACAUCUGGUACCAUCUUUCCUCAUAUCUCUCGGCUUCAGCACCCCUUCGAUAGAAUGACAGACUAUCAGCGAGUCCCAACUCUUCAACCUCCUGGCAUGCCGACAGGUAUGCAGAGCUCAGGACAUAGUUUGAACUCCAUACCAGCCCUCAUGGGCCGCAACAAUGCCUAUGGAUCAUAUGCUCUACAACGUGGGGUUGGAAGCAUGGGAUUGCCUCUCAUGGGGACGGGAGAUAUCUCGCGUAACCAUGCUUAUUCGGGCACCCCUCGGGCCCUGGACAAUAGCCUGGAUCGGACUCGGGGGACUACGUAUCAACAGCAAAUGGUCGACUCCUCCCAACGAUCACAGCCACAGGCCGAAGCUCCACCUUUCUUGGACACAACCUACCUAGAGACCAUUGUGGCCGAAUUUGGUGGUCAGUAUCAAACUGUAAAGCCGGAGGUCCAAGCAAAGAUGGGCCGUGGGUUUUUCCCAUCAGACGGCAAAUGGACUUGCUACAGACGCAACUAUUUUGCGGUAACGUGUGGUUUUGGUCUCCAUCCUUGGCCACCCACUGCUCCUCUCUAUAUCCGCUAUCAUGAUCAGACACUUGAGCCAAUUCGCGGGUUUUCCAUGGCCAUCUCCGCCAUUGUUAACAGCCAGUACAACGAGACACGCGAGUUGGUCCAGCAUACUCCAAAACGCGACAAACAGUCUGAAAGGAAGCCUGGGCGUGUGAUUCUACAGCCCUCACCUCCUCCCUCCUUCACAUCAGCUUCAACCGCCAAUGGAAACCUCUCGGGUUUCCCCAUCAGCUCUCAAUCAAUGGACUACAACUCGUCAUUUACCGGAGCCCCACAGUCCUGCCAGCCCCCGACUACCCAUAUGUUUGAGCGCAUCCAAUUCCAGAAGGCAACGGCCAAUAACGGCAAGCGCCGUGCCCAGCAGCAAUAUUACAAUCUGGUCGUUGAGCUAUACGCUGAGAUCGCUAGCUCGGUUCCAGGUGAAACUCAGUGGGUACAGAUCGCCCGUCGCCACUCUGAUGCCAUGGUAGUCCGCGGACGCUCGCCGGGGCACUACAAAGAUGGACGCCGGGGCAGUACUGGUAGCAUGGGCCCAGACGGAGCCGGUGGUGAUGGUAAGGGAGGUAUACUUCCCCACUCACUGGGUCCAAUGGGCCGUUCGCACGUCCUGAUGUACGAUGCGUCCCACCGGAGCGGGCUUUCCUACGGCAGAGCCGAUCACCGACAAACAACGGUGAAUGAUCAGUCCCCCCUAAGCGACAGCCCUCUCAUAUCUUCCUCUUCCUCUUCCGGAUUUGAGUAUUCCAUGAUGGACACCAUGGAUCCAAUGGAUACUAUCAAGUCUGAUACGUACCUCAAAACCGACCCUUGCCUUCGAUCAAUUCCCUAUCAGGAUACACAUUACGCCGAAGUUCCAAGCUAUCAACACCGUCAUUCAAGUACUGGAGGCUAUGACCCAGUCUAUUCCACAGCUUAUGGCCGUUACGAUCCCAUCCAAAACUCGCAGAGUCUAUGCACUUAA